CCCUGUUCCCCUCCCCAGAUACCGAGCCGCUCGGUCAAAGACCCGCAAAGCGAGCGAUGGCGACCACAUUUGAAGAAAAGAAGCAGACGACUCCCUCGGACGGCUCUCCCACUGUCGAGAAUGGUCCGCAGGAGAAGCUCGCUCCGACACACUCACGCCAUGUCACCACCAAGGAUGCACCCGAAGAGGCCCGGCACCGCGACGUCUUGGGCGGAGGGAAAGUGAUUCUGACCGAGAACGAGUGCUACGACGAGCUUGGCUUCUCCUUCCCAACGUGGAAGAAGUGGAUGAUCCUGACCGUCAUCUUCAUGGUCCAAGUCAGCAUGAAUUUCAACACUAGCCUGUACAGCAACGGUCUCGAAGGCAUUGAGAACGACUUUAAUGUCUCGGCCCAAGGAGCACGGUGUGGCGCCAUGAUCUUCUUGGUGCUGUACGCGUUUGGGUGUGAGCUGUGGGCGCCCUGGUCCGAAGAGCUCGGCCGCAAGCCGAUCCUCCAGCUCAGUCUCUUGCUCGUCAACAUCUGGCAGCUUCCCGUGGCCCUCGCACCCAACUUCGCCUCUCUAAUGGUCGGUCGUGCCCUCGGAGGUCUGUCGAGUGCCGGCGGAAGUGUCACCCUGGGCAUGAUUGCCGAUAUGUGGGAAGCAGAGACGCAGCAGUAUGCCGUCGCAUUUGUCGUCUUCAGCUCGGUCGGUGGCUCCAUCCUGGGCCCCGUUGUCGGUGGCUUCGUCGAGCAGCAGUACCCGAGCCUUUCGUGGAGGUGGACUAUCUGGAUUCAGCUCAUCUUUGGCGGCUUCGUUCAGCUCAUGCACCUCUUCCUCGUUCCCGAAACGCGCUCGACCAUUAUGAUGGACAACAUCGCAAAGCGACGCCGUAAGCAAGGCGAAGAUGUCUAUGGACCUUCUGAAGUCUUGUCCUUCCGCGAAAAGUUCUCGGCAAAGGAGAUUCUCAUCACCUGGAUGCGACCUUUCAAGAUGUUCGUGACAGAGCCAAUCGUCCUUGUCUUGUCGCUCCUGAGUGGCUUCAGCGAUGCUCUUAUCUUCAUGUUCAUCCAGUCCUUUUCGUUGGUGUACAAGCAAUGGGGCUUUAAUGCGUCCACGACUGGUCUCGCGUUCAUCCCCAUCGGUAUUGGGUACUUCCUUGCCUGGCUCAGCUUCAUCCCCGCCAUCCGACGUAAUAUUGCUGAGCGCGAAGCCAAGCCCGACGACGAGCGCGCUCAGUACGAAUCGAGGCUCUGGUGGCUUCUUUUCACGGCUCCCUGCCUUCCGAUUGGCCUCAUUGGCUUUGCGUGGACGUCUGGCGGCCCUCCGAUUCACUGGAUCGGCUCGAUGUUCUUCAGCGCCAUCGUAGGCAUUGCAAACUAUUCCAUCUACAUGGCGACGAUUGACUACAUGAUCUGCGCCUACGGUCCAUACAGUGCUUCCGCCACCGGUGGCAAUGGUUGGGCUCGUGACUUCCUGGCGGGUGUCUUGACGCUCCCUGCGACGCCCUUCUUCUCCAACAUUGGCCCUGACAGUCCGCCAGGAAGGCACCUGCAGCUGGCUUCGACAAUUCUCUUCUGCAUCUCCUUUGUCCUCGUCGUGGCCGUCUACAUCAUCUACUGGAAGGGACCUGUGCUGCGCAAGCGCUCGCCAUUUGCCCAGCACCUCCAGGAGGCCCGCAACGAGCUGCACGGAGGGUCGCACGUCGCCAACGCUGAAUCCGACGUCGAGAAGCCGUCGAGGAUCCCAUUGGGAAGCAGGAGGAGCUCGUACGCGCGCUCUGCGCAGGAGCAGCGUAUCAGGCAGGUUAUGGGCAGCAGCAGGAACACUACGCCGAGCCACAGCAGACCAAACAGCCGGCCCGCGAGCAGGAGGCCGAGCUUAGAUCUACAGGCGGAGGAAGACGAGUAAGAGUUCGACUCUAUAAGAGGUUGCGACGUUUUUACAGCAAGUCCCGAAAAAGAGACGGUAGUCGUACAAAAAAAAGACGGAAGCUACAAUGUACCAAGAAUGCUGCACCUGCCAAGAUUCUGUCCCACUUAGCAAUGAGAGUACUUAGCAAUGAG